UAUUCAAGAAUGUAGGGUUUUAAGCUGUUUAUAGCAAGCUCCAGCCGAAACCUCACAAGCGUUCUUUCUCUCUCACACACUAAUACAUCCCCAGGAACACACGGUUAUUUGAUUCUGUAGAGAGAGCAGAAAUCAGUCUAUAUAUACAAAAUUUUUUAUGUAUGUAUAGCGUUUUGGUUUGAGGUUUUAUUAAUCUGAUGAUGGCGGCGGAGACGAUGAUGAAUUCUUUGUGGGUCGGAUCAGUUAAGGACCCAGAAAAGGAGCCGGUUACAACGUCGGAUGCGUCGAAUUCGAAUGCGGCGUUGUUUCAUCGGAGAAUUGAGUUUCAUCUGGCGAAAAAGCCGUUCAAUGGGUUCAAUGAUGGAGGAAAUAGUGGGAAUGGGUUUAAGCUGGUGACUUUAAACCCGUAUAAUUCGAAUGCCAGUUUAAAAUCGGAGCCCCAUAAAGCUUGGUCCGGGUCCGGGAAGCCCCCCUCGGAGUCUUCCUCGGAGAAUCAUAGCGGGUUGGAUCCGGAGCUUAGCUUUACAAUCACUUUCAGGAGAAUUGGUGCUGGCUUGCAAAAUCUCGGAAAUACUUGUUUUCUCAAUUCUGUAUUACAAUGUUUGACAUACACUGAGCCCUUGGCAGCAUAUUUACAAAGUGAUCGGCAUAAAAUAUCCUGUCGUACUGCUGGGUUUUGUGCUUUAUGUGCCAUUCAGAAACAUGUGAGCCAAGCUCUGGAAUCAACAGGAAGGAUAUUGGCUCCAAAAGAUCUUGUAUCAAACUUGCGAUGCAUAUCUCGGAACUUUAGAAAUGCCAGACAAGAGGAUGCUCAUGAGUACAUGGUCAAUUUAUUAGAAUCGAUGCAUAAAUGCUGCCUGCCCUCAGGAGUGCCUAGCGAGUCACCCAGCGCUUACGAUAAAAGUUUGGUCCAUAAGAUAUUUGGUGGUCGCCUUCGUAGUCAGGUGAAAUGCAUGCAGUGUUCGUUUUGCUCAAAUAAGUUUGAUCCCUUCUUGGAUUUAAGUCUAGAGAUAGUGAAGGCAGACUCGUUAUACAAGGCACUAGCUCAUUUCACUGCCAAAGAGCAGUUAGAUGGAGGGGAGAGGCAAUAUCAGUGCCAGCAAUGCAAGCAGAAAGUCAAGGCUCUUAAGCAGUUGACCGUUUACAAGGCGCCCCAUGUCCUUGCAAUCCACUUGAAGCGUUUUGGUUCGCAUAUGCCUGGCCAGAAGAUUGACAAAAAAAUUGAGUUUGGCCCUUCAUUGGACUUAAAACCUUUUGUGACUGGUCCAUAUGAUGGGGAAUUGAAAUAUACUCUGUAUGGUGUUCUGGUUCAUGCUGGUUGGAGCACACAUUCUGGUCAUUACUACUGCUUUGUUCGGACAUCAAGUGGCAUGUGGUACUCACUUGAUGACAACCAGGUUGUUCAAGUUAGUGAGAGGAGGGUUUUGGAGCAGAAGGCUUAUAUGUUGUUUUAUGUUCGAGAUAGAAUGUAUUCCACACCUAAGAAAGUUGUUGAUGCGAUACAUAAAGAAAGUAUGGUCAUAAAUACAUUUGGAAGGAAAACAUAUCCUAAUCUUAAUCAAGGAUUGAAGGAAAAUAUCAUGAAUGGAGCAGUUGGGGGAAAGUUGAAUGACUCCUUUUCUGCUACUGCUGCUCAGAAAGAUGUAAUGAAUUCUAACAUUAUAAGCCAAAAUCAAAUGAAAAAGGAUCCUGCUCAGAAAAUUAAUGGCCCAACAGCUCCUGAAGAAGCAUGCCUAAAGAAAGACCAGCCUGCAGAAAAUUCACUGAAGGUGCCACCUGUUGACCGCCUCCCCACAUCAAAUAUUAAUGGUGGAGAUUGCUUGGUGCAAUCACUUCCAUCUUCUAGUGGAUCUGAUGGCUUUGUUAAUUUUGGGAAUUCUAGUAACUCAGGCAGUAGCGGUGGCAUAGAACUGACUACUGCUAUUGUUAAGCAAAAAGACAUCAAUAGCCUCCAAAUUUCUGCCGGAAAGAACAAGACUGAUUGUGUGGUCAUACCAACUGAUGGAAAUACGAAAGCGAGCACUGGUAAAUAUCUUAGUGAUGCGGUUGACAGACCAGCUAAUGGUAAUGUCCUCCAUAGAUCUCCUCAAGAUACAUGUGUUCCUUUGGAGGCUAAUGCUGGAAAGGUCGGAUGUUUCCCAGACAGUAUUGGUGUAGCUGAGGGAGGUGCUCAAAAAGUUCGUGAUAUCAAAGAUCGAGCAUGCCAAAAACCAGCAACAAAACACUUGCUUCGCAAAAGGGCUCUUAGUGACAGGCUGCAUUUAGUAAAGAGGAAGCCUUUGAAGCGCCCUGUUACAACCAAGCAUCUUAGCAGAAACAUUAUUUUAGGAGCAGCCUUGGGACGGAGAAAGAAGAAAAAGAGGGCCAGACAUUGUUCCCCAAAAAAACUGGAUGGGAAUCAUGUCCUGUCAGAUCUCGGGCCAUCUACUUCUGAGGAGUCGAAGACUUCGACCAUAAGCUGUUCAGCGUUCCCUCCAAGGGGCUUCAAAUCUAAUGCAGAUGAGAAAGAUAAGAUUCUUGGUUUGAAGGGUAUUACAGACAAUGCUGACCUUCUCAGGGGCGUGAACGUGAAGGUUGUACCAUGUAGGGAUGAAGUUGGUCAACAUGAGAAAGUUCCCUUGUCGGAUACACAAUCACGCAACAGAUAUUCCACCGCGGGUGGAGAGUUAUUUGAUAAUGGAAAAUCAUGUGGCUCCAUGCUCAAGAAAGGUGAAAAGGUGGAGAAUGGUUUGAUGAGGAUUUCUGCUGAUGGUUUGGAAGAGACAACUGUUGCACGUUGGGAUGGUGUUGAAUGUUCUCCUGAAAUUGUAGAAUCCAGAAGUGUGGAAAAUCUCAGAAUUGGUUAUAUUGGGGAUGAGUGGGAUGAGGAAUACGACCAGGGAAGAAGGAAGAAGAUUAGAGGCUCCAAGCUCACAUUUGAUGGAACCAAUCCUUUCCAAGAAAUUGCGACGCACAAGGCAAAAACAAAGAAAGCAAAGCUGGACCGAUCUAGCUCUGCGAACCAGCCAUUCAGGAUAUGAUGAAUCGGAAGCACAGGUCUAGAAUUUGUCGAAUUGAAGAGAAUUCCUCGUAUAGCGGCAUAUCUGCAUUUUUCUGUAACGAUUGUUGCUGGCCAGAGCCGAAGGGUGGUCGAAAUCAGUAUUAACCAAAUAUUUUUAGUCGAUAUUAUUGUUCUCUUCCCCCACCCAAUAAUGUAAUUCGAGACUUGCUUUAACUCCCAGUGUUCUUGUUUGAGUUACCUGUCAGGCUGCCUGGAAAACAGCUGAAUUUUUGCAAUUUAUGUGGAGAUAUGCUGAGGAUUGACCAGCCUCUCUCCAUAAAGUUUUGUUAUCUGAUCCUCGGUCUUUUCUUGUGAGUGGAGAUUUUGUUCA